AUGGCUGUCGACUUCACUCUGGCCUACAAGGCCCCAGAGGUCAACCCCAUCACCUACAAGGCCCAUUCCAUACCCUUCCUAAAUCCCAUCAACAUGUACGGCCGCGUUUUUUUCUUUUCUUGGUUUGGUUUCUUUGUGGCAUUCUGGUCGUGGUAUGCGUUCCCUCCACUGUUGCACGACACCAUCCAGAAAGAUCUUCACUUGACCAAAAUUGAUGUGGCCAACUCCAACAUCAUUGCCCUCUGCGCAACACUGCUCGUUCGAUUGAUUGCUGGCCCAUGCUGCGACCGUUUUGGCCCUCGGUGGACAUUCGCAGGAUGUCUCCUCAUCGGCGCCAUCCCUACAUUUUUGGCUGGCACUGCCUAUACCAAGAGCCAACUGUUCGCCGUUCGAUUCUUCGUCGGGAUCCUCGGUGGCAGCUUUGUGCCGUGCCAAGUAUGGUCGACAGGCUUUUACGACAAAAACAUCGUCGGCACAGCCAACGCCUUCACUGCAGGCUUCGGGAACGCGGGCGGUGGAGUGACCUACUUCAUCAUGCCCAGCAUCUACGAUUCACUAUUAAACCGGGGGUUAUCACCCCAUGUUGCUUGGCGCGUGGCCUUCGUUGCUCCCGGCAUCGUGAUCGUUUUCGUGGCGAUGUGCCUCCUGUUCUUCUGCCACGACACGCCCGUGGGGAAAUGGAGUGAACGGCAUCUUGCUGCCCAGCAGCAUCUGGCGGCGCAUGGCAUUCAGGCCACUAUUGUCGAUGCACCCAAAGCAGGAAUCACGGACAAGCCCUCGACCCAGGAUAGCUCUCCGUCUCCCCCAUCGGAAAUGGGCGAGAAGAUGCGAUACGACGCCACCGGCGACCGCAAGAUGUCAGGAUAUGCCGACCAUGAGGCUCAACUGAGUGAACAGCAAAUGCUCGACACUGCACGUGGCGAGAUUGUCGUGAAGCCGACGGCCAAGGAAGUCUUCUCGGUCAUGUUCGCUCCACAGACUCUUGUCCUCUCCUUCUGCUACUUCUGCUCGUUCGGCGCUGAGUUGUCGGUCAACUCGAUUUUGGGCACGUAUUAUCAGAAGAACUUCAAGUCACUUGGUCAGACCACGUCCGGACAAUGGGCCGCCAUGUUCGGUCUACUCAACGCUGUGUGCCGUCCACUGGGGGGCAUUGUGGCCGAUAUUCUCUACAGGAACUUCCACAACGUUUGGGUGAAGAAGAUCUGGAUCCAUACUCUGGCUGUAAUCACCGGAGUCUUCCUUAUCGUCAUUGGCGUCCUCGACUCUCAUGACACCAGCACCAUGUUUGGCCUGAUCGCCGGGAUGGCAUUCUUCCUUGAAGGAGGCAAUGGAGCCAACUUCGCCUUGGUACCCCAUGUCAUCCCCAGUGCCAACGGGGUCGUGUCUGGCAUGACCGGGGCGACGGGCAAUCUUGGUGGCAUCAUCUUUGCCAUCGUGUUUCGCUACAAUGGUGUCGACUACGGCAAAUCUUUCUGGAUCAUCGGGGUGAUCACCAUCGGCAUCAACUUGGCUCUCUGCUGGGUCCCACCCAUCUCGAAGAAACAGAUUGGUGGUCGUUAG